AUGCAUGUCUAUAUAUUUAUCCAUCCCAACUUUAGCCCUUACAGGUUUGUGUUUAACAACAGGUGGGUGCAGUGCAGUGACCCCGGAAUCUUAGCUGUUCCAAUUAAUAUCCCAGCGGACACAGUCAAACUGCGUCUAGAGAAGACCUUGAUCUCCAGGGUCCCCAGGGCAGCCUUCUACAACCUGUCAGAGCUGCAGUUCUUGUGGCUGGCCUACAACUCCAUCACAUCCAUCCACCCCAGCAGCUUUGUCAACCUGAAGGCCCUGCGAGAGCUGCGUCUGGAUGGGAACCUCCUGACAUCCUUCCCCUGGGAGGGGCUCAGGGACAUGCCCCACCUCCAAACUCUGGGUCUCCACAACAACCGUCUGUCCAGCCUUCCUGCCCACGCUGCGCUCUUCCUCCCCAACAUCACCUACCUCGACCUGUCCAGCAACAGGCUGACUAUUUUAUCUGCCGAGCUACUGGACCUUUGGUUUCCUCUCCCAGGACAACAGGGGGGACCAGUACAAAGACGAAUUUUGGGUCUCCAUGACAACCCUUGGUUGUGUGACUGCCAGAUCUCCAUGGUGGUGUCCUUGUCCAUGUCCCUUGGGAGUCCUGUAGUUCUCAUGGACCAGUUGCUGAUGUGCAGCAGGUCUCUGGGUCAGUCAGGGAUGCUGCUGACCCAGGCUGAGCUAUCCCGCUGUAUGAGGCCCUCGGUCCAGCCUGCAGCCACCAUAGUCACCUCUCCCCUGGGCAGUAACGUAAUCCUCCGCUGUGACGCCACUGGUUACCCAACUCCAACCCUGACCUGGAUCAAAACCUCAAAUCAAAACACCUAUAAUUGUAACAUUAUGCAGGGAUCUCCUCGAGUGGGGGUUUGCUGGUCAAUAAUUAGCCUGAAUGGAUUAUCAUACAAAGACGCUGGUGAAUACCGCUGCCAGGCACGGAACAUGGCAGGAAUAGCUGAAGCCCCGAUCAAACUGAAGGUGGUGGGCAUCACAAGACUAUCCCGUCUUCCAAAGAAGAAGUCCCAAAAGACUCCGCCCAAAUCAUCAUCAAAAUACAGGAAGCCAAACCAGAAUGCAGCUACUAUCAACACCCCGUCAAUGAAGGAGAAUCAGAUACUCCAAAACAUCACGCCACCUUCCAUUGACAAGACCCAGACUACUCCCAAUCUUGUGUCCAAAGUCUUCCCUGUAGACAAGUACAAUAAAGGGCACAAAAUGAAUUACCCAGGUGAAAAGAAAAAGAGCCAGACAUCCAUCAAGUCUACACCUGAGUCCUCAGACAACACUACAGCUGCUCUUUUGUCAGAAACACUUAUGAGAUAUAAUGACGAUGGUCAGGGUCAGUGA